AAGGGACUCGGCACUUUUCACGCGUCCUGUGUGCAGGUCGGCCGCGUUUUCCUCUGGUUCUGAGUCUCCCCAGCCUCUCACACGCGCUGUAUUGCCAAAAUGUCGCUUUCCAGCAAGCUGACUCUGGACAAGCUGGAUGUGAAGGGGAAGCGGGUCAUUAUGAGAGUGGACUUCAAUGUUCCCAUGAAGAACAACCAGAUAACAAACAACCAGAGGAUCAAAGCUGCAGUCCCAAGCAUCAAAUUCUGCUUGGACAGUGGAGCCAAGUCAGUUGUACUUAUGAGCCAUCUGGGCCGACCUGACGGUGUCCCCAUGCCUGACAAAUAUUCCUUAGAGCCAGUUGCCGUAGAACUCAAAUCUCUGCUGAGCAAGGAUGUUCUGUUCUUGAAGGACUGUGUAGGUCCAGAGGUGGAGAAAGCCUGUGCCAACCCAGCUGCUGGGUCUGUCAUCCUGCUAGAGAACCUCCGCUUUCAUGUGGAGGAAGAAGGGAAGGGAAAAGAUGCUUCUGGGAACAAGGUUAAAGCUGAGCCAGCUAAAAUAGAAGCUUUUCGAGCUUCACUUUCCAAGCUAGGGGAUGUCUAUGUCAAUGAUGCUUUUGGCACUGCUCAUCGAGCCCACAGCUCCAUGGUGGGAGUUAAUCUGCCAGAGAAGGCUGGUGGUUUUUUGAUGAAGAAGGAGCUGAACUACUUUGCCAAGGCCUUGGAGAGCCCAGAGCGACCCUUCCUGGCCAUCUUGGGCGGAGCUAAAGUUGCAGACAAGAUCCAGUUGAUCAAUAAUAUGCUGGACAAAGUCAAUGAAAUGAUUAUUGGUGGUGGAAUGGCUUUUACCUUUCUUAAAGUGCUCAACAACAUGGAGAUUGGCACUUCUCUGUUUGAUGAAGAAGGAGCCAAAAUUGUCAAAGACCUAAUGUCCAAAGCUGAGAAAAAUGGUGUGAAAAUCACCUUGCCUAAGCUCCAGUCUUUUCUUGGUAGCUCAUUCCCUCUUUUAACUCUCUCUCCUCAGGGCUUAGACUGUGGUCCUGAGAGCAGCAAGAAGUAUGCUGAAGCUGUCUCUCGGGCUAAGCAGAUUGUAUGGAAUGGACCUGUAGGGGUAUUUGAAUGGGAAGCUUUUGCCCGGGGAACCAAAGCCCUCAUGGAUGAGGUUGUGAAAGCCAUGACUAAACCAUGA